UUUUCUCUGCAAUAAAAGAUUUCAUUUUUUUUUGUUAUUUUUUUAAAUUUUUUAUCUGUUCCCAUCCCAUGCAACACUGCCACCGCCAUAACCACCGCCGUCCGAUCACCGCCGCCGCCGCCAACUUCAAAUUAUUCAUUAAUGAUUCAACAAAGAUGACUACUAAGCUUCUCUUAGCCUUUGCCUUCUGUCGUUUGAUAGCCACUGUCGGACUCAACAUGGGUCCGACGGCGGAGCUUCCCCGCCUCGGAAUCGACGGCCUACUUUCCGUCGACCCCUCCGACGUCCAAAUCGCUUCUGUCGAUUUUGGCCUCAUGACGCGGAAUCCUCCUCUCGCUGUCUUACACCCAGCCUCUGCUGAUGACGUGGCCAGAUUAAUCCGGGCAGCAGCGGCGGCGGCGGCGGCGGAGGAGGAAGGGGAGUAUGGUGGGUUUACGGUGUCAGCGAGAGGACAUGGACAUUCGAUAAAUGGGCAAACGCAGACGGGGAAUGGGGUGGUGAUUGAAAUGAACGGCGGUGGAAGACGGCACCGACGCGGCGGCGAGAGGAGUUCUCCGCCGCAACCUGUGGUGGCGGAGAGAGAGAAAUUUGUGGAUGUAUGGGGCGGAGAGCUGUGGAUUGACGUGCUGAAAUCGACUUUGGGGUAUGGAUUGGCGCCGAGAUCGUGGACGGAUUAUUUGUAUUUAUCCGUUGGCGGGACACUCUCCAACGGCGGAAUCAGCGGCCAAGCCUUCAACCACGGCCCUCAGAUCAGCAAUGUCCAUGAACUCGAUGUCGUGACAGGAAACGGGGAGAUAAUCAAAUGUUCAAACGAAGAAAAUCCAGAUCUUUUCCACGCAGUUCUUGGUGGAUUAGGACAAUUUGGGAUCAUAACACGAGCAAGAAUCCUGCUCGAACCCGCGCCGGAAAGGGUCCGGUGGAUUCGAGUUCUAUACUCAAAUUUUGAAGCAUUUAGGAAGAAUCAAGAAUGGCUAAUAUCGUUACAUGCAAAGCCAGAGAAUGAGAAAUUUGACUACGUGGAAGGCUUCGUGAUCGUUGAUGAAGCUCUAAUCAACAACUGGAGAUCAUCCUUCUUCUCACCGGCUAAUCCGGUUAAAAUCUCCUCCUUCAACAACAAGCCAGAUGGAGAUGUUUUAUACUGCUUGGAGAUCACAAAAAACUACCAUGAAUCCGCAUCUCCCACCGUUGAUCAGGAAGUUGAGGCGUUAUUGAAGGAGCUGGAUUACAUACCCGAGUCGGUUUUCACAACGGACUUGGCUUACGUGGACUUUCUUGACCGGGUUCAUAAGGCCGAGUUGAAGCUCCGGUCAAAAGGCUUAUGGGAUGUUCCACAUCCAUGGCUCAACCUCUUCGUCCCCAAGUCAAGAAUCGCCGAUUUUGACCGUGGAAUUUUCAAGGGCAUUUUGGGAAAUAACACCAGUGGGCCCAUCCUCAUCUACCCCAUGAACAAGCACAAGUGGGACCCCAGGAGCUCCGCGGUGGUCCCGGAGGAUGACGUGUUCUACCUAGUGGCCUUGCUCCGGUCGGCGUUGGACAACGGCGAGCCAACGCAGUCGUUGGAGUAUUUAAGCGACCAGAAUCAUCAGAUUUUGGCAUUCUGCGCUAAGGAGGGGAUCAAAGUGAAACAGUACCUGCCUCACUACACGACGGAGCGGGAAUGGGCGGAGCAUUUCGGCGAUAAGUGGCCGGAGUUUCAGCAAAGGAAGAUGAAGUUUGAUCCACGUCACAUUCUCGCCACCGGGCAGAGGAUAUUUCCGCCCUUUACGACGGUGAACACGGCGGUUUCCCGGUAGAUAGAUAGUGGAAUGGAUGAGGAAA